AUGUCUAGUUUCAAAAAUCUCACCUUUCUUUUGAUUGUUCUUCUUUCAACCUGUUACGGAUCUCCAGUCAAUAAUCUCAAUGAUCUCAAAACAAGAAACAUUCCCUCAAUCACCCCUAGAUCUACUCUCUUCCAAGAACCGGCACCAAACCAUAUUCAUGCUAUUGUGAAACGAACUUUUGGCGGAAUGGCUGGAGGAGGAAAGGGGGGUAGUAUGCCAGGAAUGGGUGGUGGUUCUGGUCUAGGUGGUGGUUCUGGUCUAGGUGGUGGUUCUGGUCUAGGUGGUGGUUCUGGUCUAGGUGGUGGUUCUGGUCUAGGUGGUGGUUCUGGUCUAGGUCUAGGUGGUGGUUCUGGUCUAGGUCUAGGUGGUGGUUCUGGUCUAGGUGGUGGUUCUGGUCUAGGUAGUGGCGCCAAACCUCCAGGAGCCGCUGGAGGUUUAGGAGGAGGCUUACCAGCACUAGGAGGUGGUCUCGGGGGUGGUGCUAAGGCCGGAGCUGAUGCUAAGACUGGCGCCGAUCCCAAGGCUGGUGCUGACACGAAGACUGAUAGCAAACCGAAGACUGGUGCCGAUGCUAAGCCUAGCGCCGAUCCCAAGGCUGGUGCUGAUGCGAAGACUGAUAGUAAACCAAAGGCUGGUGCGGAUCCCAAGGCUGGUGCUGAUGCGAAGACUGAUAGUAAACCAAAGGCUGGUGCGGAUCCUAAGGCCGGUGCUGAUGCGAAGCUCGAUAGCAAACCAAAGACUGAUGGUGAUAGUAAGACCGGUCUUGAUUCCAAGGCGGGUGCUGAUGCCAAAGCUGGUGCUGAUCCGACUAAAAGUGGUGCUGAUGCCAAGCUUGAUAAGCCUGCUGGACUCGGAGGUUUAAUGUGA